GACACAUUACUGCGUGCAACUGGUCUACGUCACAAGGCGCCAUGCUGGAGGAUCAACUUACUCACGUAGUCCUACAGGAGCACCGAAGUACGUCGCCAGGUUGCACUCGCUUCUGUAUGUCUUCUACUGUCGUAUCAAUCUUUUCUUGGAUUCUCCGUUGUGCAGCAAUGUGAUAAACGGUUCCAAUCGUAACCACCACAAGAAAGAAACAUAACACGCAUCUACAACAAUGAAGUUUUAGUUUGAGUUUCGGAUAGUGCUGAAUAUAAGCCUCUAAGGAAGAUCCUUACUGAUUACAAUGGGUUGGAACCAAGUCAGCUACAAAUGCGUCAUCUGAUCCUGGUUACAUGUACCCGGGGAACAGAGCACUCUUGUGUAAAACAAAACAAAAUCACACGGUGUAGAUUUGUAAUUUGACAUAGGGUUGCCAUCUUAUGGUGAAAUAAAGUUGGCCGGGAUACCCAAUUGAUUCAUUGAAACCAUGAAGUUUACAAUGGAAUGGACAUGCAUAAUGCUUGUGGUCCUCACUCUAAUGCACCCGAUAGCAUGUACUGGAGUCAAUGAUGAUGAGUUCGCUGCGAAAAUGGAGCUGGUGCAGAGAAUGAGAAGCUUCAAUGGAAUGCCAGUCUUAUACAAUGCAAAGAGUGCUCAGAAAAGUGACACCCCGAUUUGGAGCGUUGAUGAAGUGGACGGUAUCUUUGAUACGUUGCUGGAGCGAGCCGCGGCAAUCAAGUCUACAGCACUGGUGGAUCUUCUUAAACACUUUCGUAACUUGUGGAAGCCAAGACAAGAAGAUUCACUUAGAGUCAGUGAAUUCAAUCUGGAGGAGACGAUGCGUGAUCUUGAGCAGGAGACUAAGAUGUUGGUUGGGAUCUGGGCUUUACAGAAUGUAUCCAAAACAUGUUUGGAUCACAUGGGACGGUAUCUAAGUGACUAUUCGAACAGUGUUACAUACGCGCGGCAAAUGGUGCACUCGUACGGGGAUUAUCCAAGUCUUGAGAACCUUGAGUUUCUGUACACAACUAGCAGUCUGGGAAACAUGGAGGAGUGUCAGUUAACGAAGGAAUGGAACCCAGAUGCACCAUUUGAAGCAUCGUACUGCACCGUCAUCUAUCCAUUGUUCGCUACCGGUAUGUAUGUGGUGACGGGACUUUGUGUACCCGCCUCAUGUAGUGCUACCGAUCUGUAUCAGAUGACCGAAGGAAUCCCACUUGCUGGGCCAGAAUUGAUAUAUAAUUGUGUGGCUCCAUACCCAUGGAACGCUGGUGCUAUCGCCACAUUGUGCAUCUGCUGUGGUUUCCUGUUAAUAGUUAUAAUCGGAUCUCUGUACCACGUUACUGCCCACAAAAACAUCCAGUAUACUAUGUCGCUAACCAUGGAAGUAAUCAAGGAGGCAGUGCAGAAACGACACGUUCAGAACGUUUAUGAGUCCGCUCUUACUACUGAUGACGCUGAGGAGGUUAAAGGAGCCGAUAUGGUCAAAAGCAAGGAUCAGUCUGAACCAGAACUUCAGAAUGGAAAGGGCGCCACCAAUGGGCAUGCUAUGCACGUUGAGAUGGUUGAAAGCAAAGAACACUUCAUUGUUGAUACAGAUGCAGCCAGAAAAAGGUUGAAUAAAUUAGGGUUUAUCGACACACUCUUGAUGGGGUUCUCGUCCAUCAGAAAUGGCUCUAAGAUUUUGAAUACUGAGCAGACUGCGGGAAGUCUAGCUUGUCUGAAUGGUAUUCGCGUCCUCAGUAUGUUCUGGAUUAUUCUAGGCCACACCUUCAGCUUCCAGGUUGGUUUCAUGGAUGACUUUAGGUAUCCAAUCGAUGUGAUUUUCCCCUCGUUUUCGUUUUGCGUCAUCGUGAACUCUACGGUCUCUGUUGAUGUUUUCUUCAUGCUAAGCGGACUGCUUCUGACUUACCUAACACUGAAACACAUGAAGAAAGUUAAUGGCAAGAUGAACUGGUUCAUCUUCUACUUCCAUCGGCUGUGGCGAAUCACCCCCACGUACAUGAUAGCAUUGGCCAUAUGGGCAUCGCUGGCCAUACAUAUGGGCGAGGGACCGUACAAGACGUUAUUCUUUGAGGAUGUGGCGGAUCUUUGCAGGGAGCAAUGGUGGACAAAUCUGCUGUACAUCAACAACUUGUACCCGUUCCCUGGUGAUCUUAAUGCGUCGUGUAUGGGCUGGGCCUGGUACUUGGCAAAUGAUAUGCAGUUCUUCUUCAUCAGUCCAUUCAUCUUGUAUCUUUUGUAUAAGAAGCCUAAAAUUGGAAUGACAGUUAUUGCGACAUUGUGCCUUGGAUCCUUUGGCAUCACGGCAUACCUAGCUACUUACUAUGGGUCACCCGUAUGGAACCACCCAGCCUACAACAACAACACACAAGUUGUAUACGGAAAUCCAAAUGCUGAUGUCAUAUAUGGAAAACCAUAUUGUCGCAUUCCAGCUUACUUGGUAGGCAUGGUCGCCGGCUAUAUCUUCUACAAACAGCAUGGAAAACCAGUCAAGAUGAGCAAGUUCCUCAAUGGAUUUGUAUGGGUACUGGCCACUGGGGUAGCCCUGAGCGUGUUAUUUGGCCCGUACAGACAACCUGGGAACGAGUUUCCACAAUACGCCUCAGUCCUUUAUUUGGUCUUCUCCCGGUUCAGCUUUGCUAUUGCUGUCGCAUGGGUGGCUUUUGCUUGUGUAUUCGGAUACGGAGGACCGGUGAAUGCUUUUCUGAGCUGGGGGUUUUGGGCUCCUCUUAGCCGCAUAACCUUCGGUGCCUACCUCCUCCAUCCAACAUUGAUCUUCGUCAUCUAUAAUACAGCAAAGUCGUUUUACCACGUCACUUACAUGCAAUAUGCCCUGACCUUCAUUUCUAAUACUGUGGUCUCCUACUUUGCUGCCUUCCUGCUCUCGCUGUUUGUGGAGGGACCGGUCAUGAGCAUCGAGAAAGCUCUGCUCGGUGGUGUUGGAAAGAAAAAGAUAAAAUAAAUUCUGCAAUCAGUCAGAAAGAUGGAAAAGUUGUCAUUGUCAUUUUUCGGCACUAAUAGGUGUCCUAUUAAACUUGGAUGACAAGUAAUGUAAUCGCUGAUCUUUCACGAAGAGACCCAUACCUGGAGUUUGAAGUUUUGUUUUUUUUACCACGUUA